AAACGUACAAUUUCAGUCGUCGUUCCGAGGCAAGUGAAGUAGUUACCAACGGGCGGUGAGCUGUGAGUUCGAGGCGAGCGAUUGUUUGUAGUGCGCUUUUUUCGUUCACGCUUCACAUUUGGGGCCACCAGCCAUACCAUCAUAUCUACCCAGGGAGCCAAUCGUUGGCGGAAUUGGAAGGGACGAGCGGGGGGCGACUGACGGUCUUGGAGGUUGGGGGUGAAAAGAACCGAGCCAGUGUGUCGCGUACAUGUGUGCGAUGGAUGAAAUUUUAUAACCAGAUUUUCGUCGUCGUUGACCGAACCGAACGAACCGGGCCUGAGCGAAAACCGAUGCAAACGAAAAUGACGCGGUACGGGUCGGGGCAUGCGCGUCACCCAGGAGCCUCCCUCGGCUCCUCAGCCCAAGUCCAACUCCAAACCUGAACAACAAAUAUAAAAAUGAAGAAUUUGAAUUUGCGCCCAAAGUAAGGCCAAGUGGUGGUUUGUGCUGUGCCUGUGCGGUGUGAGGUGAUGAUGUAGUUCAUGUUGUUGACUCGCUGCGGCACUGCUUAGCCCGCGAUAACCGCUUGCUAGUUCGAGCCGGCUCCCGCUCCGCGUGUAGCUCUCACGUCUUACUAACUCCGUACGAGUCCAUAAUGGAGGCGCAUUAUGUAUAUCCAUUUAUCGAGCAUUCCGCGCGAAUUCCUCAAUCUAAAUCGCCUUCUUGCAUCUUCUCGGGUUGCAUAAAGCAGGAGCAGUGGCGUUCUAAUCGUAUCCCCAUCCUCGACCAGUGUGGAUGAGGGUCAAAAGCGGAAACUUGCUCUCAACAUCGCCUUGACUUCUCAGGAUGGUAUCGGGACCGACAAGUCGAAUAUUGAACGCCGAAACAACGACGUCGAAUAAUUGUGUUUUGAUUCCGUUCCACAACUCGCCGUAAAUAUGCUUCACAUGAAAAUAUAAAGUUCCUCGUUGAGCGACGACCGCAGCCACGACUGAUAGGGAGAAAUCGUGAUAUCACCAUGAAUGCACAUGUGAUACAUAGCCAGUCUUCGGAUGAUCACAACUCUGAUAGCGAACCAGAAGAGAUAAAUCAGAGGGAGCAGCCUAUUGUGGAACAGCAAAAUAGAAGGAGGAAAAAAGAAUUUAAGCCUGAAAGUUGGAGAAAAAAUGCCUCUAACCGUUUAAGAAAUCAAGCCAAAUCUUAUAAAAACACACAUGGAGUAAUAGUUCCUGAAAAAAGGAUUUGAAGAAAUUACACAAUGCUGCAUCUCUAAUUGUUGUCAAGAUUUUGGUAUUGAAAUCAACAUGCGGCGUUCAUUAACUUCUAUAAAUUGAAUAGGUUUGAUAAGCAUAACACUUUAAUCUUUUUGCAAGCCAACGUGAAUAUAUGUCAUAAAACUAAGUAUCUAUUUAAAACCAAAUUAAAGACCAAUUAUUUUAUUAACAAAAAUUCUGAAUUUAAUGCCUAUUGUUUUGAAGUCAAAUCG